GGCGUGGUGCGGGAGCGUGGUGGUACUGGUUGAGGUGCAGGCAGCUCUCGGGGCAGUGUAGUGAGGGCGUCCGUCCGCAACGGUGCCGCGCCGCCACUCCGUCCGCGUUCAGUGCCAGUGUGAGUGUCUCCCUCGCUGCUCCUACUACUACCGCUGCUGCCUCGCUUCUCGUAGUGUGACCAUGCUAGGUCAGUGAGUGUGUGCCAAGCAGCGAGAAAUUGUUAUCAGUGUUAGUGUAUCAUCGCCAUGGGUGCCGAUAGUUGGUUGUGUUGGUGCCUGGCGGUGGCGCUCAUGAUCACCCGUGCCGUCAGCGGCUUCCUGCUGGAGGGAUCGCCAACCUCCUUCGCCCAGUUUCCUCGGUGGAUGCCUGGCGCUAAUGGCUCGCUUGAGUUUGAAUUUUUAACCCGGGAGCUAAAUGGCCUGCUCCUGUAUACGGACGAUGGCGGCUCUUAUGAGUUCUUUGAACUGAAACUGGUAGAAGGCGCGGUUCGCCUGCACUACAACAUGGGAGGGGGCGCGCGGCUUUUGACGGUGGGGAGCGGCCUCAACGACGGUUUGUGGCACCGUGUCAAGGUGUCUCGCCGUCACGACCGAACACACCUCACGGUUGACGGAAAGACGGAAACCCGCGUUAUCAAGUCUCUGAACCACGAGUUCGGCUCUCCAGACACUAACUCCUUCAUGUACGUGGGGGGCCUGCCGCUCCUGGUGACCAGGCAGGUGGGGUCAAGACUCACGCUACCCGUCGUCACUCUAGAACCUCGCUUUGCCGGGCAGUUUCGUGAGCUUGUGUAUACCGGGGCCGACGGCGUCUCCCGCAGCCAGAACAUGAUCGCCAGCCAGGUAAGACAACUUGUUUACUGAGGGUGGACACCACUG